GCACCCGUACCGCCCGAGUUGUUUUGUCUGUGUGUUCUCAGCCAGCCAUUGAGUUCUAGCAAGCCAGUGUUGUUUGUUGACUGUCGUGUGUUGUAUCACCCCACCUCGGUGCCGUGUGUUGUUGGUGAUAGAAACCGUUUUUUUGGGGUCUUUUGAAACUUCUAGAAAACCAUUGAGUUUGCCAUUUUCUCAUUCGAUUUAAAGACAUUGUCAAAACAACUGCUACAUUAUGGAUUCACUUCGAGAACAAGUGAUGAUCAACCAGUUCGUCCUCGCUGCCGGAUGCGCCCGGGAACAGGCCAGACAACUGUUACAAGCAGCACACUGGCAAUUCGAGACGGCCUUAAGUAUUUUCUUCCAAGAAGUUAACGUGGCCAACUGCGGAGGUGCCGGCCAUGCCCAUCAAUUCCAUUACAAUCAGUUAUGUACGCCAGCCAACACGCCAGCGACACCCCCCAAUUUUCCUGACGCCCUGGCCGCCUUUGCCAAACUGUCGGCCUCCGAUAAAUUCGGUACCUCGCCAGGCAUCUAUUCGACAUCGCCGAACCCGACAGCAGCCUACCUCACCUCACAACAUAUGCAUGGCUACGGUGCCCAACAGAUGCCUCUGCAACCCCAACAGCAUCAACAGCAAGCCGGUCAUCGGUCAACUUAGAUGACGGAUGUCUCUUUGUUUUUUUUGGUUUUUUUUCAUUUGUUUUGUAUGAUUUUUUUUUUUUGGCAUACCCACAAACCGCCCACAUUGAAACACCUCAUUUUGCCAACGAUUUGUUCGUGGAGCAAAAAGAAAAAAGAAACGCUUGGUUGAUUUUGUUGACGAAGUUAAAUUUACCUCCAUUAUUCCCCCGCCCUGCUACCCUCCCAGUUUCUUCGGGCAAAAUUUGGCAGAUAUGCAAGGAAAAGACGGACAUCUGAGGCCAAACUAAUCGCGAUGGGACAAGGAAGAAGAUAAAUCCUCUUCGAUCUCAUUCCCCCCUCCUUUUUCUCUCUUUCUUGUACGCGCUGGAAAAAAAAAUAACUAUUAUUAUUAUCAGCCUCACAUCAAUAUCAUGUUGUUGCUGUCGUUGUUGUAGCACUUUGCUGUCAACUUCACAAUCCUCACCCACACACACACAUACACACCUAGUUCCCCUAUACAUUUCUCGCGCGCUGGAUCGUGUCUUUUUUUAGUUUCGUCCGUGAGUGUACAAUAUUCAAAUUUUUCCUCCCCCUUCCCCUUUUUUUCUCUUCCUUGUAACGAUCCAGCAAAAAUUGGGAUCCAUUUUCUUUUAUUUUUUUUUGUUUCAUUUUGCUCGUCUUAAUUUAAAGAAGAAGAGAAAAAAAUAAUUGCGAGAGUUAAAAAAAAAACAAAACAACAAGAAUGUCGUGAGGGUUCGAAACUUACCUGGUAGUCUUACAAUUUCGUUAUAGUUAAUUAUUAUAAUUCGUGUGACAAAUAAUGAUUGUAGGCCUGUUUUCCCCUUUUUUUUUCAGAGGAAAAACAAAUGCAUGGCGUAAAUUUUCGUUUGAUUUCUUCUUUUUUUUUUUCUUCAUUCACCUUCUCUGUGGACAUUUAUUGAACGACUGAUUACUGUUCGGUAUUUUCAUAAAAAUGAAUACGAUUUCAAAUUAAUACUACUAUAUCCUACUCCUCAUUUCUCACUUAAAUGUGUGUGUGUGUGUGUGUGUGUUUGUUUGUGUGUGUGCAUCAUCAAAAUAAUCCUUCACUCAGUGUAUUCACCUAUUUUACGUGUUGCUCCUCCCAAUGGAUGUACAUGGCUGUUUACAUUUCAUACUUUGAUAAACUAGUGCAGACGGACCAUUGGCAAAGAGAAGAAAAAAAAGGCCAGUUGGGAGAGAUGACGUCAUCCGAAAUUGGCUUCUAGCAAAAAACAAAAAUCACUUGGGCUACAUUAGCUUCCAUUGAAAGAAGAAAAGGCAAACAAAAAAAAAUCAAUUAUUAUUAUUAUUAUUAAAAUUUUUCAAUUCUUGGUAUUUUUACACGACGAAGAUGAAGCCGAGCGUGUGAGAGUGUGUGCUGUAAAUGUUGGGUGUCAAUGUGUGUCUUAAUGUGUGUACAUUUUUUUGCCAGUGAAGUAAGUUUGUUUCUUUAUCUUCCUCUCUCCCGUCAUCCUUAAUUCUCCGAAGACAAUUACAAAUGCACGUCGCCAUAAAAGAAAAAUUUCGGUCGUUUUUUUUGAGAAUCCAUUGAGCUUGUUGUGACACGUCAUUCUCGUGAAAGUGAUGAUGGUACAUUUUUUUUUCAGGUUUGCAAAGACGUAACAAACGAUCUCAACCAAAGUCUCGUGUAAAUAGGCUUUCAUGUUAUUAUCUUGUUCGAUCGAACGAUGAAAGAAGGAAGAGAAAACUGUGUCUUUCACCGAAAUUGUGAAUUAUGACGCGUGCGCACUGUUGGGCAAUCGAUGGCGCAAUUUUAUUUCUUGCAUUUCUUUCCCCGUCUUAUGUUUUAUUUUAUUUUUUAAAAUUACAAAUCGAGCGAAGCGUUCAGUGCUAUCUUUGUUUCUGUUUAUCUUGGCAAAGAAAACAAAUACUUGUCGCAGUUUCAAAAUUAGUUUUCGGAUUCGAUUUGAAUAAUUGAAAUUCGGGGUUCCACACGCCAUCUAGCGGUCACUUUUGUAACUAGAACAACAGAAAUGUUUGGGCCCACAUGGCAACAGUCGACGACAAGAGCUUUCUCAAAAUUCAAAUGAAAUGAAUUCAAACAGUGUUACUUUUUACGCGUUCGUGCUCAGCGAAAUCAUCGGAAUGUUUGGCCUUUGUUCGUCCCUGAAGUUCACAAAAGAAAAAAACAAACAAAAAACAAUCGCGAUAUAUUUGUAUGGACUGGUGCUGCCACUCUAAUAACGACCGACAACAAGGAAGCCAUCAGCUCCGGCAACGAGUUACUUA